CGUAACCCACGCAUGUCUUGCUUUGAGACGAGUGAACGAGCUAUGCUGUGCUGAAAGUGUAUCAUUCAUAGCUGUUCAUGCAACAUAUAAUUUGUAGCAUUUAUUGGUGACAGUGAAAUGAGAUAAUAUCACAUUCAAAUUAAUACUUGUAUAUUUGUGAAGUCUGUUUGAUGGAUUAGAUUGUAAAAUAUUGCGCAAGGAAAGUAGUAUAUACAUUAUUUGACGUUUCAAGAUGGCGGGGAAUCGACGGCAAGGAUCUACCGGCGAUCAUCGUAGUUCGUUUAAGCAUGGCAAAAGCAAGUACAACAGGUCUUCUGAGUCAAGAGAGAGAGAAAAGGAAAAUGGAAACUCAACGGGCAUUGUCUACAAACUGUUUCUUGUGGCUGUCGCCAUUGGAAUUGCUGUCACCCACAGGAACCACAUUGCCACCAUGUUUGAGAAGGACCGCCACUUCUCCCAUCUGUCCACGCUUGAAAGGGAGCUGGCGUUCAGGACGGAGAUGGGCCUGUACUACUCCUACUUCAAGACGUUGAUCCACGCGCCAUCAUUCAUGGAAGGUCUCAAUCAAAUCAUGUACGACAACGUCACAGAGUAUCCUCAGACCAUCAAUGUCCUCAAAAGAUUUAACUUGUACCCGGAGGUUGCUCUCAGUAUCGGCUAUCGUAUAUACGAAGAUGUUAACGCGCGUCUGAAUCGUCAAACCAAGAUGUGUUGGCAGGUGAACCGAGGAGAAGGGAAGACUCCUGUCCAGAGCUGUGAAGGCAUGGGUGAACCAUCUUACUUCUAUGUGGAAUCAGCCUUCGCUCUCAAUGGUAUAAUGAUGGGCAUCUUCUUCCUCUUCGGGACGUACCUCAGUGACAGGAUGAUUGGUGGUAUCCUCACUGUGGCCUGCUACUUCUUCAACCAUGGAGAGGCCACCCGAGUACAGUGGACGCCACCCCUCCGAGAGAGCUUCGCUUACCCCUUCCUUGUGUUCCAGAUGCUGCUGGUUACAUUUACACUGAGGUGCAAGUCCCCAAACAUCUACCACAGCGUGGCUAUAGCCCUUGCCUCUGUGUGCUUCAUGCUGCCGUGGCAGUUUGCCCAGUUCGCCCUGCUGACCCAGGCCAUGUCAGUGAUGGGAACAUACGUCCUGCAGUACAUCGAUGACAGGAAGCUCAAAGUCAUCCUCUCUGGACAGUCACUGGGCCUGGCCAUCAGUUAUGUGCUGCUGUUCGGCAAUGAGAUGCUGCUGACAUCAUUCUAUGCAUCCUGUCUGAUCUCCAUGUGGAUCAUUCUAUUCCUUCGUCCAGUCCUAGAUAAACUACAUUUUAAGAUCAUCAUUAUGGCUGUGCAAAGUAUACUCUUGGCAAUCGGAACAGUCUGCAGUAAAAUAGUGGUCGGAAAGCUGCUGAAUAUUGCUGAUGAUGCUCACAUAGGGGAAAUCUUCAGAAGCAAGUUUUCUGACUUUAAAAACUUCCACACCAUGUUGUAUACUUGUGCCAAGGAAUUUGAUUUCAUUGAAGAAAUAACAAUAUGGAAGUUUAUGUGGACCCUACUGCUGCCUUGUUCCAUGGUCGUAUUUGUCACAGCUGUGUUCUUUAUAUUAAAAUCUGAAUACUCUCAGUGGAAGAACCCGGUUGUGGCUAACGGCUCUGCUGUGCAUGCCAACACUGCAGAGAGUCAGGGAAGGAACAGACCUGAUGCAGAGCUGGUGUACCACCUGUUCCAACAAAUUGCCUUCGCCACGAUGGCCAUCAUGAUCAUGAGGCUGAAGCUGUUCUGGACUCCGCACCUGUGCCUCCUCACGUCACUUCUGGCCUCCAAGAAGUACUUUGGCUGGUGUGGCCGUAAGGAGGCCCACUUCGCGAUGCUGGCGGUGGUGUUGGCGGGGAUGGCGUACACGGGGAUACAGAACCUGCAGCAGCAGUGGAGCAUCAUGGGAGAGUUCAGCAACUACCCAAUGGAGGACCUGGUCGACUGGAUCAACGACAAGACACCAAAAAAUGCUGUAUUUGCUGGUCCGAUGCCAACAAUGGCUACAAUUAAGCUGUGCACCCACCGACCAAUUGUCAACCACCCCCAUUAUGAAGAUGCAGGACUACGGGAAAGGACGAAGGUGGUGUACAGUAUCUUCAGCCGGAAGCCUGGAGAUGAGGUCGUGAAGGGCCUCAAGGAGCUGAAAGUGGAUUAUGUCAUCUAUGAAAACUCAUGGUGUGUCCGCCGAACCAAAGAGGGUUGUUCUAUGCCAGAGAUCUGGGACACGGAAGAUAUUGAGAAUCGAGGAAAGACACCCUUCUGUGAUAUCCUCCGAGACCACCCAGAGCCCUACUUCAAACAAGUCUACAUGAACCCGGUGUACCAGGUGCUCCAGAUAGUGUGAGCCAUAAACAAGACCUUACACAAUCCAUCCUCACUAUGUUUGUAAACAGUACGUUCCUCCAUCAACCGUGAGACACAUCUGUAUGCAGUGUAGCGGUUAAAUGUAACGAAAUGAGAUUUAUAACUCAUGGAAGUCAAGUUGGCACUACUCCAUGUUUGAACAUUGUGCAAAACCUACCACUGCCUGACAUUUAAUCAAAGUGAAGAGCACAUGGUACAUGUUUCACACGAUGUCAGGUGAGAAAUAUUGCCUUUGUGCUGUUUUGAUCACUCACUGGGUUGAAACAGGACAUCGAUUGCGAUUACACUGCAAACUGACCAUAUUAAUUCACAGAUGAUGGAGGAACGUAUUGUAUAGAAACCCAUGAAGUAUUGACCGUGUGCAGUCAGGAUCGGGGAAGUUAGUGUGAUUGUUUUCAACCCUACGUAACGUCCACAAGGUGCUCUUGUUCAUGUGAACAUCAAGCAGUCAUGACACCCUCUUGAUGAUGUCUAUGGAGCGUACUCUAUACACUGAAACCUUGCUAACUCUGACACUGUUGGUCCAGACAACUGCUUUGAGGUGAGGUGAAAUGGGGUUUAACAUCACUUUUAAGAUUUUUGAACUUUGUAGCAACAUGCAUGCAUGCUGUGUGGUUAAUGUCAGUUUUAUGGUACUUGUCACGACGUAGUUUAACAUAGAUACACCCAGCUCAGACACAGCAUACUGACUCCAAGCCUACUAGUCCUUGUUUUAUCCCCUUAAUGCCGAGCACCAGGCAGGGUAACAACAAGUAACAUCUUUCAGCCUGUUUUUGAAUGAUGUGGCAGGGGAUCGAACCACCAACCUUCCUCAUGCCAGGCAGACACACUAUCCACUAGACUAUGGAGGCGGUCAUUUCUGCUUGGAACAAUAAUAUUAUAUUAAAGAGAUGUUACUACAGUAUUUGCAAAACCUUUAACCAUGCCUAGUAGCACAAAAUUAUUUUUUGGCAUAAUAUAUAUUAAAGCGGGAAAAGAUAUUAAUAAAGAAUAUGGUCUUUCUUAGUGGCAACCAAACAGCAUUAUUAACUCAGGCUUCAACUAGUCCCUGAAGUUGCAGACGGCUGCAACAUACCCACGAUUUGUUGAUCCAGAAAUAAGUUCAUCCAUGCAGUUUCAUAAGGAACAGCAAUGUCUGUAUUACUGAGGUUUCACUGUUUAACUCUGAUGAUGACAUCAUAAUGAGGUAUAUCCAUACACUGUUCCCAUACACUCGUAUUGAAUGCCUGAACAUUGUUGCCUGGGCAGCAUAAUCACAACUAUAUUCAUUGUUAACUGUGUGUAAUAGAAAUUUAUCACAUUGUUUUUAACACUCUUUCUUUAUGGAACAGUCUACAUGUUAGACAGUUUCUGAAAAGUCCCAUACUUCAGUAUACUUUAGUCAUUUACCAUUCAGAUAGUAUUAAACUCAACUUAUCAAUGUUGACUAUUAUUCCUUUCAUUGGGUGAUCAUUGUUCUGUGCCUGCCUGUCCAAUGAGGCAGGUAACACAGCAAAGGUUCUGUACAGACUGUAUAUGAUGAUUGUCACUUACAACAGACUUACAAUUGACUGGAGUCUUUUUACUGCCUCCUUUCUGAGUUGUCUCCCUUAGCAAGGCCAGGAUCUGCUGGUCAUGGUUUCAAAAUUUGACCCCAUUAUGAUCAUUUGUUUGUCAACUUCUUACAUUAAGCUGAUCCACAUUGUUUAACUUAAGUGCUGUUCAAAGUAGCAUGCACGCACGCACACACACACAACUACAUACACACGGAGCAAAACACACACACACACACACAAACACACACUCACUCACUCACUCACUUUCUGGGGGCAUGUCGUCUAAGGCACCGCGAUUCGCU